GAGGCGUCUAUCGGCGGUGUCGUGUUAAGGUCACUCGCUGGCUGCCUGAAUUCCCCUCUUUGUGUUUACACAUCCGGGUUUCCCUGUUUGCAGCCCAUUCCCCAUUUAGAAGCCAUUUUGGACACAGAUCAGUAACAUGCAUGUAAACCCCGACCGACCUCCCGACGCGGCCGCGCUACUAUUCCGCUGAAGAAGCCCGCAAAACGGCGCUCGGUGCCCCCGCUGCUCGCCUCGGACGCCCGCGAACGGCUUUCUGGACCCCGCUUCGGACCGAAAUGCGGCUCCGGCUCGCGGACUGACACCAAUUUAGCCGCCGCCGUUUCUUUUCUCCUCGCAACAUUGUUGCAGCGCCGCGGCUGUUGACACGCGCCGCGGCGGCGGCGGUGCUGGUGGUGGUGGUGCUGCUGGUGGAGGAGGAGGUGGUGGAGGAGGUGGAGGCUGCUGGAGGGACCGGAGGCCUGCGGUCCUGAGCGAGCCUCGAGCCCCCGGGACUCAUGCGCUGGACGCCCGCAGCCUUUUUUUAAUGUUCGCGACGGAAAGCGGGGGGAAAUCUCUGUCCGGUAUUCAGAGCGGAACAUGUCUUUUUCAUGGCUGACUUGUUCACUUCUUCUGGGAACUUUAUGCGCAGGGUACAGUCUCGGCGAGGCGGAGACCCGGGAGUGUGUGUACUACAAUGACAACUGGCGUACGGAGAGGACCAACCAGAGCGGCUUCGAGCGCUGCGAGGGGGAGAAGGACAAGCGACUGCACUGUUACGCCUCCUGGCUCAACUCCUCAGGGACCAUCAAGCUGGUGAAGAAAGGCUGCUGGCUGGACGACUUCAACUGCUACGACAGGCAAGAAUGCGUCUCCAUGGAGGAAAACCCUCAGGUCUUCUUCUGCUGCUGCGAGGAGAACUACUGCAACGAACGAUUCACCCACCUUCCUGAUCUGAUCGGCACCCGAGUGAAAAUCCGGCCUCCGCCCAGAGUGCCGUCCCUGCUCAACGUGCUGGUGUACUCGCUGCUGCCGCUCUGCGUGCUGUCCCUGGCCCUGGUGCUGGCCUUGUGGAUGUACCGGCACAGGAAGCCUCCGUACGGCCACGUUGACCUGAGCGAGGAUCCUGGUCCGACUCCCCCGUCCCCUUUAGUGGGUCUGAAGCCACUCCAGCUGCUGGAAAUCAAGGCCAGGGGACGCUUUGGUUGCGUUUGGAAAGCCCAGUUAAUGAGCGAAUAUGUCGCUGUCAAGAUCUUCCCUGUUCAGGAUAAGCAGUCGUGGCAGAACGAGCGAGACAUAUUCAUGACUCCGGGGAUGAGACACGAGAACAUUCUGCGCUACAUCGCCGCAGAGAAACACGGAACCAACCUGGAAACGGAGCUGUGGCUCAUCACGGAGUUCCACGAGCGGGGCUCCCUCACAGACCACCUGAAGGGUAACACUGUGACCUGGACUGAGCUGUGUCACCUAGCAGAGACCAUGUCCCGCGGCCUGGCCUACCUCCAUGAGGACAUUCCCAGCUACAAGGGAGAGGGGCCCAAGCCGACUAUUGCACACAGGGACUUCAAGAGUAAGAAUGUGAUGCUCCGAGAUGAUUUGACUGCAGUCAUUGGGGACUUUGGGCUUGCUGUGAGAUUCGAACCAGGAAAACCUCCGGGUGACACUCACGGUCAGGUGGGUACGAGGCGGUACAUGGCUCCAGAGGUGCUAGAGGGAGCCAUCAACUUUCAGCGGGACUCCUUCCUGAGGAUAGACAUGUACGCCAUGGGCCUGGUGCUGUGGGAGCUGGUGUCCCGCUGCUCGGAGAACGACGGUACAGUCGGUGAGUACAUGCUGCCGUUCGAGGAUGAAAUCGGCCAGCAUCCCUCCCUGGAGGAUCUGCAGGAUGUGGUCGUCCACAAGAAGAUGCGUCCAGCCAUCAAGGACUCCUGGCUCAAGCAUCCUGGCCUGAGCCAGAUGUGCGAGACCAUCGAGGAAUGCUGGGAUCACGACGCCGAGGCGCGGCUGUCGGCCGGCUGCGUGGAGGAGCGCAUCAGCCAGAUCGCCAGGACGAUAAGCAGCACUACCUCAGACAGCCCCGUGUCCAUCGUGACGUCUCUCAUCAACGAGGACCUACCUCCCAAAGAGUCCAGCACCUGAGCGGGCGGCGCCACCCCUUCACCCGAGCUCCCCCACAUUUUCCUUUCUUCAAAUCCAAACUCAGUGGAUCUCCGUGAAUAUUUAAAAAGACACACAUGAACAUCCAGCAACUUUAAUGCAGCUGCUAUUUUAUCCCAAUACUGGUAUUUCUUUCUCUUUUCUUUGGUUUUUAAUGUUCUUUACUAACUCAUCCAUCUGCUGUAGUGAAAGUAGUAAUAAGCUAUGUGAUGGGCACAUCUGAUAGCACCCAUGUGUCAAAUCCUAAAGUCCUCAUUACCUCAUGUAUUUUCUUUCGUGUUUAGUCUUUUUUUUUUUUUUUUUAAUUACCUCAUGAGUUUUUUUGUUUUUUUUUUUUUUUUCCUGUCGUGGUCAUGAUCGUCUGUGGCCAAAUGAACCUGUUUUUUGCUCCAAACCUCAGACGACGUGCUGCACACCUCGGAGGAACCAUUUUGAGACUGUUAAA